AUGAUUCCUGGAUCAAGUGGCCAGGUCAUAGGCUUCUGCAGGAGCCUUCUUGAUCAUCAGACCCCCGGCACAGCACUGGUGAUUAUAGAGAUCUCAACAAAGCCAUGCGAACAGGGAACGUCCUGCACCAUUAAGCUGCCAGCACAAAACAUACCUAAUGAGAUAAUAUGGACCCAUCUCUCUAGUGGUGACUUGAUUAGCAGGAAAAAUGGAAGGAUCAAGGUGAAUUCUCUAAAUGGAACAAUAGAAGAAAAUGGAUCAUUAACAUUAAAAAGUGUUACUCUGAACAGCACCGGCAAAUAUAAAUACACUGUUUAUGCUAGUGACGGUACAGAGACUAGUGGCCAAGUGGAAAUUAAAGUUUAUGAAAAGUUCCCCAAACCUACUGUGAGGCUUGUCUGCCAUCAUAAUGGAAGUUCAUACCUAAUAUGUGAAAUUCCAUACAGUGAGGAUCUGACUAUAUCCUGGUAUAAUGAAAAACAAAUCAUCAAUGAUGCAAGUGAAAAGCAACUGUUCUUGACACCUGCUCAAAUACAGGAGAGUAAACUGUACUCAUGCCAUGCAAAAAAUCCUAUCAGGGAAGAACAAAGUGAGAGUAUUACAUCAUUAUGUGCUCGUGAACUCUUUGGAUUAGAUUUCUGGAUCACGGUGAGCAUUUUAUCAGGUGGAGGAGCCCUUCUGCUGCUGCUAUCAUGUUUUCUAGUCAUCUGUGUGUGGCGAAGCUUUAGCCAACAAAAGCACCAACAAGAUGAAGAUGAGCUCAGGCUGAGGGUUUUUCAAGAUGAAGCUCCUAACGGUACAACCAGAUCCAAACACACUGCUAGGGGGCAACCGGCACCCCCCAUCCCGCAAGAAGACACAUCUCCACAACCCCCAACACAAACCCAGACUCAACACAAAGCCCAGAUCCGCGCUAGACCUCCACCACCACCUAAGGACGAUGAGGAAUAUCCUCCUCCCUUACCUAACCCUAGAAAUAAACAACACCGCAAGAGAAAUGAAGAGCCGUACUGACCAAUGGAAUGAGAUGCUUGUAUGCUCACUGAAAGACAGUAACUUUGGGGCUAAACUGAAUGAAUUUCAUAAGCCAUACUGUGGUGGUAAGAGUGUCAAAUAGCAUGGUAAAAAUUUAAUUUGAUCAUGUACUCACCCUCAUUUUCUUCCAAAAACUUGCAUUAUUUUCAUUAUUGUUGUCAAACACCGAAGGAGAUCUUAGGCAAAAUUUCAAAGCGGUUCUUGUUCAUACAAGGAAAGUAGAUGGAGGUUUAUAUUCACAAGCUCUCUAAACAAUAGUCCUUAUGACUUGUGUGCUAUACUUUUUUGUUUGAAAACAACAUUUACAUAAUGAGCUAGUACAUCUUCAGUAACCUCUAAUAAUUAUUUAUAUUUUAGAGUUGUCCCGUGAAAAAGCAUACUUUCAUAAUUCCUCCAUGCGUGCUUACGUCAUAUUUGUAAAUAAAGGGAAGACAAAGUCAAGAUAUUAUUAUAUUAAGUGUAGCUUGAAGCCACAACAACUGAACAUCGAUUUUGCAAGCAAAAAGAGAAAGCAAAUGUAUCAGUAAUAAAACACAAAUCAACAUAUGCAUAGAAUCACAUUUGCUGUGCAAUUAUUAGGAUCACAAGACUUUUUAAAUACAGUUGAAUAAUGGAACAGCUCAUAAUACAAGAUGAGAUUACAUUUUUGUGUGUGUUGUGUGUAUGAGAAAAUAAUAGUG